AUGGAUACAAUGCAGUCAUUGCGCGGUGCAAUGAUCAAUUUGAAGCUCGAGGACAAGGACCGGAGUGACCAGGAGCGUGGCCAGCUCAUGCUAUACCCAGUGGACAUCAAAAUACCCUCAAUGCCAGCUCGGUUACCACCUCUACCUUCAGAUUACCAGACGCAUGAGCGACACUACACCUUAGGUUGGAGGAUUACGAACAAUUGGAUGAGGAACUUCGGGAUCCAGGCUAGCUCUCGGGAUGUCGCGAUGCGCACGUCCAAUCUAUUUUUGCUUGGCCUAAAACAACUGAAGUGGUGGUCUGGCUAUAAGCACCUCUGCUCGUUCACUACUCUGGCUGAUGGUGCACCAAUUCCGCCACGCAGUACCACAGGAGAGGAUGCUCCGUCGCAGACGCAGCGCAUUAUUGCCGUCACAUUCUCCGCCACCCGAGAGCUUUUGAAAAGGAGACCCACACAGGCGCAAUAUGAUUGGUUUGUUCAGCUUUUUGAAGAGGAGCCAAUAUGGUACAGAGAUCUACUGCCGAAGGACCGUUGGUACCUUCACGACAUAGAGUAG